GUAGACUCAACGCGCCAGCCUCACCGCAUGGCAUACUUGUAUUGUUGUGUCUCAUUCAUGGUCCUGACGGUGGACCGCGCACAUCGCUCCUGAACAUUAGCAUUCAACCACCCUACCAGUAAUCCUGGGAAGAUGACGGGACUGUUACAUCUGGUCAAGAACAACUACCACCAGAUUUUAAAUGAGACUAUUGAAGACCCAAUCGUGGACUCCUGGCCUCUUAUGGGUAGUCCCUGGCCUGUGCUCUCCAUUGUCGGCUUCUACCUCUACUUCGUCCUCAAACUGGGACCUCGGCUCAUGGAGAGAAAACCUGCCUUCGACCUCAAGUACGUCAUGAUCCUCUACAACUUCUACCAGGUCGCCUUUAGCUCAUGGAUGUGCUACAGGCUGUUCAAAACGGACAAAGCCAUAGACUACUUGAUAAACCACGGGUGCCAACCUCUGCCAGACACACUCAACCCUGUGCAAGAUCCUCUCCGAGAAGCGGCGUGGUUCUACUUCAUGUCGAAGAUUAUUGAACUGUUAGACACGAUUUUCUUCGUUCUCCGCAAGAAACAGUCACAGGUGACUUUUCUACACGUUUACCACCACAGCAACCUUGCCGUAUCCACAUGGGCCUACCUCAAAUACGUCAAAGGAGAGCAAGGUAUCCUGAUCGGAUUCCUCAACUCCUUCGUUCACGUGGUGAUGUAUGGAUAUUAUCUGCUGGCAUCUCUGGGCCCUUCUGUGCAGAAGUAUCUCUGGUGGAAGAAGUACAUCACGAAACUUCAACUGGGCCAAUUCAUCAUAUUCAUUGUGUACCUGUUAACUCUACUCGCUUACGACUGCAAGUUGCCCAAGGCGCUGACAGUAUACAUGACCCUCAACUGCUUCAUCUUCCUCUACCUCUUCAGCGACUUCUACCGCAAAGCCUACUUUAACAGCAAGAGGAUCGUGGAGCGAGAUCUUCUCCACCAGAAACACAAGAGCACCUGAGAAUACAAGUGAAGCAGCCACCUAGACUAAGUUUUUUUUAUAUAUUGUAAAUAAAUAUUUAAUUUUCUUUUUAA